GAAAAGAAAAGAAAAGAAAUCAAUUUAUUUUUUUCUCUAAAACCUUCUCUUUCGGUCAAAUUAUUAGAUUCCGGUGACCGGCAAUGGCUCGCACCAAGCAGACCGCUCGCAAGUCCACCGGCGGCAAGGCACCGAGGAAGCAACUGGCGACGAAGGCUGCUAGGAAAUCUGCUCCGGCCACCGGCGGCGUGAAAAAGCCACACCGUUUCAGGCCGGGGACUGUGGCGCUCCGAGAGAUCCGAAAGUACCAGAAGAGCACGGAGCUUCUGAUCCGUAAGCUUCCGUUCCAGCGACUGGUCCGCGAAAUUGCGCAGGACUUCAAGACUGAUCUUCGGUUCCAGAGCACCGCCGUGGCGGCGCUCCAGGAGGCCGCGGAAGCUUACCUGGUUGGUCUUUUCGAGGACACUAACCUCUGCGCCAUUCACGCGAAGCGCGUUACCAUCAUGCCAAAGGAUAUUCAGCUCGCGAGGCGCAUUAGGGGCGAGCGCGCUUAAGCUUGAGUUUGUGUGUAGAUAAUGACUAGUUUUGUUAGUCCUCAAACGUUGAUGUGAUCUUAUUUCAAUGGUUUUGUUGGAUUGAACUGGUG